UACCAAUUUGUGAAUAAUCCUAAGAGUUUUAAAUAUAACUACUGUUACUUCAUCUGCCAGCUGAUUAAGUGAUCUAGAGAAGGUCAGUUUACCAACUCGUGUGAUUAUCAAUUAAAAAUCAUAUAAUGCUAGUCUUCUUGUUGUCCUCCUUUUCACCAAAAAGUUUUUAAAAUAUGGCCAUGACUAGUGGGAGAGCUAGGCAGACCAUCUUUUGAUACCUUACUUAAAUAUUCAAGAAGGGGACCUCUCCCACUUUUUUAUGGUAAUUAAAUGUGAGAGAAAGGACUAAUCCAGUCUUCAGCAAGUAAGGAAUAAACAGUGAUGUGGUUGCCAAGUUGUAAUGUUCACAAGCUAUCUCAGUCUAGUUUGCCAUAAAUGCAGUCCCUGCCUCUGUCACUCCUCUUCAGCAGGGCAAGAGGCUUUUCUUGGUUCAAUGUGGAACAGUCCCUUUCUAUUAUAAGGGACCUCAAUCCUCAAGACCUACAAAUCUCCUCCUCUCUAAGCUGCUGAACAAUCAUAGAUGAUGAUGUCACUGAAACAUUGGUGAAUGACUCAUCUCUUCUGUCACAUUCCGCCUGUAAAAUAGAAGUGUACAAUGAGCAUGAAUCAGGCUCAAGAAUCUUCAACACAUGAAGCAUGUAAAUUUCCUGGUUGUAUAAAUGCUGAACAUGGGAGUCUGGGAGUAGCUGGAUCAAGGGUUAAGGUGGGGGUUGAAAAUUUGGAAUCAACUAAAGCAGAUGCCUUUUUCAGAAUAAAUUGGGUGAGUAGGGCCUUGGCUUUUGAUGAACAUUCACUGCAUUAACUGUGACUACAGGUUCACGAGCAUUUGUUGUAAUCUAAUAGCAUCCCCCAUGUGGGAAGAGCCCCCCUCCAUGGUGAUAUUAAGGAGCAUGAAUGAUCAUUCAAGGCUAGCACUAGGGAGGUCUGAAAAUGAAGCAAAGGAACAAGGAAAAGUUGAUAUUUCACAAUCAAGAGACAUGGAGGAAUCAAUCAACUCGUCUGCUAGCAGCCUACCGUGCAGCUCGGAGGAGAGUGGAUGGACCAUGUACUUGGAGGACUUCGUUGCAGCAGAAGAGAAAUCUCAGGUUGUGAGUUGCUCUUCCAUCAUCUCUGAUGCUGCUUCAGCUUCAUCAACAAUAGUCGAUGUAUCAGGAGAGUGCAGAAAACUGAGACUAAAGAGGGAGGAGGAUGAUUCUUUGCAAGAUACUGCCUCCUCAUCGUUUAACAGUCCCAGUCCCAAGGUUGCUGAAAAUGAUCAGAGUCUUCAGAGGAGCAUAGUUAAGGUAUUAUUUUUCAGUUAUCAGUUAAUCCACGUAAAUAUUUUGCUAAUUUUGUUUUUAAUAAAUGGGUGUUGCAUUUCAUGUCAUGAGUGAGCAAGAACUGAAAGAAGAUGAAGCUGAAUUCAAUUUUAUUGAGGGAACUGAUGGAUAUCUUGUGCUGAAGAAUACUUGUUUAGUUCCUUUGUCCAUGUUAGUACAUUACCAAGGACAAGCCUUUGAUUUGGAUGAUUAACAGACAUGGGAACUCUUUAAUUAGUUGAAAAGGAUUCUGUCAAAAUUGUGCUGGAAACGAUUUACAUGUAUAAAGAAAUUCUGAAUAAAGUUUUACAAGGAAAAUCGAUUAUUUUUCCUUGUUUAGCUGUGAUAA